CAAGGAAAACAAAAUAGGAAAUACCAUUCAAAAUCAAAUCAAACAAACUUUGCCGAGAUCGAUCAUCGCCUAGGGUUUCUUCCCGCUCCGUCUUUUGUACGGUACAUAGUGGACCAUAGAUAAUGAAGCAAUAAUAAAUGCAGCUUUACAAAAUUACUGAUAUUAUUUUUACCUAGUACGAGCAUAUGGAUAACCAAUCUAGUCUUGGAUUUGAUUCAGAUGAGAGUGACCUUGAUGUGCAAGCUGAAAGCUAUGACGAUGGAACAAUAGAAGAUGAUUUUUCAAAGAAUUUUGAUUUUUUUGUGGCUGAAGAUAAGAAGAUAACAGAACAGUCUGAUGAACCUCUCUCUGUAAUUAGAGAAACAUUAGAGCCCUAUAUAGGCAUGGAAUUCAACUCAAGGGAUGAAGCUAAAGAAUUUUACACUGCCUAUGGCAGGCGCACUGGUUUUACCAUACGUAUACACCACAAUCGUCGAUCACGAGUAAACAAUCAAGUUAUUGGUCAAGAUUUUGUUUGCUCAAGAGAGGGUUUUCGUGCAAAAAAGUAUGUGUACAGAAAAGACAGAGUUCUCCCCCCACCACCUAUCACCCGAGAGGGCUGUCAAGCAAUGGUAAGGGUAGCUUUAAGAGACGGAGUAAAAUGGGUUAUAACCAAAUUUGUUGAAGAGCACAAUCAUAAACUAAUGAGUCCUAGUAAAGUUCCAUGGCGUGGAUCUGGGAAACUCUUCGUUAGUGAGGAUGAGAAGGAUAAGAGAAUCCGUGAACUAUCACUUGAGUUAUACAACGAGAGGCAGAAAUGUAAACGACGAUGUGCUGCAUACGAAGAGCAAUUAAAUACGAUUCUGAAAGAUUUAGAGAAUCACACAGAACACAUAUCAAAUAAAGUUGCUGAUAUAGUGCAGAGCAUCAGAGAAAUUGAGGAACUGUCUGAGGACUCAGACAGCGAAUAGAGUUGGCUCAUCUUGUACCAUAUCUUCAAUCUCUUGUGUUCCUUGUUUCCCAAAGACUGAUCGAGUAUAAUCUCACUUAUUAUUCAGUAACCAUUUAUGUUGGAUAAAAUUUAAGGUUCCCAGAGGGGAUCAUGUUUCCUUGGAAGAUCAAUGGCUAUAGUUCAAACAAGGCUCUGCAUGGCUUAGAUGGUUGUUGAAUUGCAGAUUUUUACUUGUAAAUUAUUAUUCUCAUUAAAUCCAUUUUUUUAAAUUAAAAUCUUUGUAAUU